AUGUUUUACGCCUCUGUCGUGCGCCGCGAAGAGGAGGAACCCGGCGAAUACUCGACGGCUGGAGACCGGAGAACCACUUGGACCAAGGAGGACAUUCUCUGGCCGGCCAAACUCCUUCCACAACUCCUCCGAGAAAGAAGCACAGAAGCUCGGAGAUAUACCUUUGACUAUGAUGCAGAUAUAACCUCGGCGCUCGGUGAGGCUUCUCAAAGUCGGCUGCGUGAACAUGGCCAGACAUUGGCUGAUGAUGUUGCAAUGGAGCGGAGAAUUACGGGGGCGGAUGUAUAUCGUCGACCGGUGACAUUUGUCGGACAUAGCCUAGGCGGCUCGGUCAUAGAAGAGUUAGCCAUGGUUCCCAGCAUGACUAUGCAAUCUGUUUUAUGGGGACGCCACAUCUGGGUUGCUGACCUUGCCAAUUGGGGUGCGAUCGCCUUCAACUUUGCCAGUCUCUUCCGUCGGACGAAUCGCGAUAUUGUCAAAGCUCUUAAGCCCAAUUCGGAGGUUCUCGCAUCGUUACAGCAGCGAUUUUAUACUCAACUCAAGCAGCGGCACAAAGAUGGCAAAAGGGAUGUCGAAAUGUAUUGUUUUAUGAGGAGCUUGGGUUCAAAAGAAUCGGCAUGGUAA